UAACUUUCGGAACGUCUUCCAGGAGAAAUUCUGCGGCCCAGAGGACUUGGAAGAAACAUCAAAACAAAUCGAUUCUGAAUGACAGAAAGUCAAACUGAGUUGUAUUUAUUCGUCCGUAACGAGGAAAUAGUCGCUCAUAAACGCUCGGAGGCUGGCAUCAAGAGAAAAUCAGGGUGGAUUUGAGAACGCAAGAUCGCGAGGGCCUAUCAAAUAUGUCCUCUACCUCGCAUGCAUCUUCCAGGCGGCAAUGGUGCUACCUUUGCGACUUGCCAAAGAUGCCGUGGGCCAUGAUCUGGGACUUCAGCGAGGCGGUGUGCAGAGGGUGUGUGAACUACGAGGGAGCGGACAGAAUAGAGCUGCUCAUUGACACAGCGCGACAGCUGAAGCGAACACAUGUGAUGCAGGACGGCAGAUCUCCGGGUCCACAACCUGUUGGCAAACACGGUCCCGGUGGAAAGGAGGGUUCUAUGGAGGCCGGCAGACCGCCCUCCGAGCGAUAUGAGAGGGGAAGAGAGUAUGUGUCCGCUCGGCUGCCAAAUGGCCUGCCUAGACUGGAAGAUGGCGGUCCGCCUGAGGUUAGUAGGCAGAGUCCUAAUGCCAGAAGGACUAUGUUAGGGGCUGUACCACCUAAUUUAAUGGCACAGGGGCUCGUUGGAGCCCCUCAUGGCCUGCUGACGGCAAUGCCCGGUCUAAAUGCCAGAGCUGGCAGUGCCCCCUUGACCAUUUCUGCUCCAAUGUUGAAUGAGAUCAGUAAAAGACAGGUCAUGACCAUGGGGAUGAGUGUGGGUGUGGCAUCUUUCAUGAGCCCUGAGUUGGAAAAAGAGCUGAAAGAGAAGCAGAGAAACUCAGAAGUCCUCGCCGAGCUCUCAGAAAGCGUGAGGAACCGUGCGGACGACUGGGCUGGACGCCCCAAGGCUUUGCGUGAAGCCUUACACACUCUUUCUAGUUGCAGUCCGUUUAAUGUACGCUUUAAAAAGGACCAUGGCCUGCUGGGGAGAGUGUUUGCCUUCGAUGCCAAGCUGGUGGUGGAGUUCGAGCUAAAAGUCUUUGUUGAAUACCCCUGUGGGUCUGGUAACGUGUUCUCCAGCAUAUUAGCAUUAGUCAAGCAGAUGUUCCAUGACUCUCAGAAAGAUACCGGCAAGGUCAUUAACUCAGGCUACAAAUAUGUUGAGUAUGAGAAAAGACAUGGCACCAGUGACUGGCGUCUUCUUUCUGAUCUUCUCAGCGAUGCAGUUCGAGCAUUCAAAGACGCACCUGCCCCUGAAGCCCUCCCGCAGCCUUACCUGGAUGCCAGUUACUCCAUGCUACCCACCGCUUUCUGCAAUAUAGGCCGUCCCACACAGUCCAGAGUACGUAGACGUAAAGCCUCACCCGAGCCAGAAGGUGCGGAGAGGAUGACCGCCGAGGAAAUGCGGCAGCACUGGCCGCUAGGUCUGUUUCCUGGCAUCCCUGGUCAUAUGCCAGCCACCUCACUAGCAGUGCAGCCACCAGCUCUCCAGGAGGGGUUGGGUACCCACAGUAGCGACCCUUCACCUAUCACAGCACUCAUGAAUGUGGCAGACAAUGUUGGCACAGCCGCCCAGUCCCCGAAAGAUGCCCCUGGCAGCAGCGGUGCUCACUCGGCCAAUGUAGGGCGUCAGAACAGCACCAGUCCUUCACCCGGUGGUCCGCGACGCCUGGUGUCACGGAACGGAGAUCCCUCAGCUGGCAGCAGCAUGGGUGGGCCAGCCACGACUGUCACAAUGCCCCUCGCUGGCGGGGGUGACCAGGGGGCUGUUACAGGAGGUGAAGCCUCGGGUGGUGGUGGAGGUGCCCCGCUGUGCUGUACUAUCUGCCACGAGCGCCUGGAAGACACACACUUCGUCCAGUGUCCAUCAGUGCCAGGGCACAAAUUCUGUUUCCCUUGCACCAGGGACUUCAUCCGCAGACAGGGCUCAGGGAGUGAGGUUUACUGCCCCAGUGGGGAGAAGUGCCCGCUUAUUGGCUCCAGUGUGCCGUGGGCCUUCAUGCAAGGAGAGAUCUCCACCAUUCUGGCUGGAGAUGUGAAGGUGAAGAAGGAGAGAGACCCCUAACAGCUUACAGCAGAACUAAAACCUCACUCAGAGGAAGCUGUGAUCCUGAGCCCAAAAGAUGACGCCGUGACCAUGUGGCCCGCAAUACUGAAGAGACGACUGCUGGUGGGCAGGUCCUCUUCCUCCAUCUACCCUUGCCCCUUUGUCCCUUGUUCCACAUUUUUCUUCCCCUCACCUUGCCUCCUUUUGCAAAGUCAAAGGAGAAUACAGCCAUUUUUCUCUUUAGAGAUGCCCAUGUACAAAACACACCUGCACUUACUACAGUCACUUAGAUUUGUUGCCCCACAUAGAUUGUUCUACGGUGCUUUAAGAACGUUCAGUCCUGAAAACGUUCAGUGCCCAGGUCCAACAUCCUUUUGUAUUUACUCUGAAUGAUAUUCAAAAAACACAUUUCAAAGAUAGAGUGGAGUGAACAAUGAUUUCAACGAAUGUGUUACCACCAGACAGAUGCAGAUUGUACAGCGGGAAGCCUGUUUGGAAAGGCUUCCUUUACAAUCACAAAACCUUACCGACAAUGACCUAUACAGGCACACUCUUGUUUUGCUGUUGUCUAUGCUGCAUAAAACUGUUAAAUAGGAGUAUUACUAUUUUAAGUGCUUAAAGCCCCUCAUUACAAUUGCUUUUCAAUCCAGCAUGUACAAUAGAUAUCUGUAUGUUUUAUAUUCUUGUGUAGAUUUUACAAAAGUCUCCCUUUCAAAUGGCUAUAGAUGUGCAAUCUAUAGAUUUGAUACCAUAUUGCUUUAUGUACCACAAUGUUUUUGAAUGAAUAGAAAACCAAAGAUAGACAUGCUGAGAUCUUGUUGUAUCAUAUGAUGCUAUAACAUAUAUUUUUGUGGUAAAAUUGUUUUGUGGCUUUCAUCAAAUAACAAUGACAGUUAUGGGGAAUGUUAUACAUAGGGAACUUAUAUUUAAACCUUUAUGGUUGGACACAAAAUUUGUAUUAAGUAAGCAGAUCACUAUAUUUUGUAUUGUAACCCAUUGGCUUUUUAAUUGUUGCAGGCGAAGAAUAGUUUAAUAUUAUGAGAACAGAGCUAUUCUGUUUUUUACAAGUAUAUGGUCCAGAUUUUUUUCCAGCACAAUGUGUGAAAGAUGUACUUUACGAGAAUCCUUUUAAAGAAAGUGAUAAAAGAAUGUAAAUACCCAGCAUCUAUUAGAAAUGCAGUCCUGAUAUACAGUAGCCCCAGAAAAGUAUUUGGUCAACUAAGCCACACUUAAAAGUCUAUUAACUUAAUUGCACAUUAAAUAAUUGCAAAUAUCAAAUUCUGAGGCUUCUACAGACCUUUUUAAGUGUGCCUUAAGUGUUAAAAAUACAUUUUGGGGCUACUGUAGACUUGGUUCUCCAUAUUGAUUUUAUAUCUCUUCAGUCUUGUUUUAUAACUUUGAAAAAUACAUAAAUGACUAAGAAUAUAAAUGCACAAAGUACUGUUUUAUAAGACCUUUGUUUAAACGGCUUUGUUACAGCUCAAAUUGUAUUUAAAUUAAAAGAUUGACUUUU